AAAUAAUUGGUCUAAUUAGGUGGUAGGAAGGAGCUUCUUUAAAUUCUUCAGAAAUUAAGACGUGUCAUCCGCUUAACAUCUUAGCAUCUGUUACUGCCUCUUGCACAUUUCUCCACUACAUCAGUCUGAAGGACACUUUCCUGGACCUUUCAGAGAGAAAAAAAACCAACAAGCCCUUGAAACAGAGAAGAAAUUGACCCUUUCUUCAGUGGGAUGAAGCAUGUAAGGCAUUCCACCCCCUCCUUAUUUCUCAGUUUGGUGCACAUUUGCCUGGCAAUUCAGGCAAAUUAUGCCCCCUAUUUCUUUGAUAAUGGAGCCAGAAGCACAAACGGGAACAUGGCACUCCUCAGCCUUUCGGAGGACACACCUGUUGGUACCCAUGUGUACACUCUGAAUGGAACUGAUCCAGAAGGAGAUCCCGUGUCGUACGGCCUGGCCUAUGAAGCUGGAUCAAGACGCUACUUUUCUGUUGACAAGAACCUUGGAAAUGUUACGCUGAUCGAGGAGCUUGACAGAGAGAAGGAAGAUGAGAUUGAAGUUAUCGUCAGUAUUUCAGACGGCCUGAGUACAGUUUCUGAAAAAGUCAGGAUCCUUGUAACGGAUGCUAAUGAUGAGAGCCCGGAGUUUAUCAAUACACCUUACAUAGUCCAAGUCCCAGAGAACACUCCCUCUGGCAGCAGUAUCUUUAAGAUUGAGGCAGUGGACAAAGAUACAGGUUCUGGAGGAAGUAUCACCUACUUCUUGCAGAACAUCCAUGCUAAUAAGUUUACAAUAGACCGGCACAGUGGUGUCCUGCGCAUCAAAACAGGGGUCACCCUGGACUAUGAGAAAUCAAGAACACAUUUUGUCAUCGUCGUAGCCAAAGAUGGUGGUGGGAAGCUCAGGGGAGACAACAAAGUGUUUUCAGCCACAACAACAGUUACUGUCAAUGUGGAGGAUGUUCAGGACACUCCUCCCAUGUUCAUCGGGACUCCCUACUAUGGAUAUGUCUAUGAGGAUACACUCGCAGGCUCUGAGGUCCUUACUGUUGUUGCUCUUGAUGGAGACAGAGGAAAGCCUAACAGUAUUCAUUACUGCAUCGUGAACGGAAGUGAAGGUUCAUUCGAAAUCGGCAACACAACUGGAGCCAUUUCUGUUAUUAAAAGCCCAAAUCAGCUCAAGAAAGAAGUGUAUGAACUAAAAGUUCAGGCAUCCGAAGUCAGUCAGGAAGGUGACAUCUCCGUGUACGCUUUUGCCAUGGUGACUAUACGGGUGGUCGACCUCAACAACCAUCCACCAACCUUCUAUGGAGAAAAUGGUCCCCAGAACAGGUUUGAACUGACCAUGUACGAGCAUCCCCCAGAGGGUGAAAUCUUGAGGGGAUUGAAGAUUACAGUCAACGAUUCAGAUCAGGGAGCCAAUGCUAAAUUCAACCUCCGUCUUGUUGGUCCUGGUGGCAUCUUCCGAGUGGUUCCCCAAACUGUCCUGAAUGAGGCUCAGGUUACAAUAAUAGUGGAAAAUUCUGCUGCUAUUGACUAUGAAAAAUUCAAGGUGUUAACCUUCAAGCUUCUUGCAAUAGAGGUGAACACACCGGAGAAAUUCAGCUCGACAGCUGACGUAGUUAUACGCUUGCUGGAUACCAAUGACAAUGUCCCGAAGUUCUCCUCGGACUACUACAUUGCCAGGAUCCCCGAGAACUCCCCAGGGGGCUCAAACGUAGUUGCGGUUACAGCUACAGAUCCAGAUUCAGGGCUUUGGGGAGAAGUCAAGUACUCUAUCUAUGGAACAGGAGCAGAUCUGUUUCUAAUCCACCCAUCAACGGGUAUAAUUUACACCCAGCCCUGGGCUGUAUUAGAUGCUGAAGUGAACUCGAAGUAUAAUUUCUACGUGAAGGCAGAGGACACCGAUGGGAAAUACAGCUUGGCUGAAGCAUUUAUCACUGUGCUAGAUGUCAAUGACCACUCUCCAGAGUUCAAUGAAAACAUCCAGGAAAAGACGAUGAUCAUCGGGUCACCGGUGAAGAUAGAGGCUAUAGAUCAAGAUGCAGAAGAACCCAACAACAUUGUGGAUUAUUCCAUCAUGCAAGCAGAUCCAGCCAAUGUGUUUGAUAUAGACCAAAGCACGGGGGAAAUCAAGCUGAAAUCCUAUAUCCGUUCCCUGGACAUCAUCCACAACAUCACAAAGAACAAAGACUGCAUAUGGUCAGUGGUGGUGCAGGCCAAAGACCGAGGCUCCCCGUCCUUCAGUACCACGGCAGUUCUGAAGAUUGAUAUCACAGAGGAGACUCUUCACAAAGGGCCUAUGGCCGCCUUUUUGAUGCAAACUAAAGAUAACCCCAUGAAAGCCUUAGGAGUGCUAGCUGGUGUCAUGGGCAUAAUGGUGCUGAUAACUAUCAUGAUCUCUACUGCCAUGUUCUGGCGCAAUAAGCGGUCCAACAAAAUCAUGCCGGUAAGAAGGAUCAUAAAAAAGAGACAGACCCCACAGUCCCGGACAGUCAGGAUGGAGUGGCUGAAGUUCAAGAGGCCCAGCAAUGCUGCGGAGAAGUUUGUUGUUGAGGAUGAUGCCAAGAGCCUCCACAACGAGAACAGCAACAACAACAUCCAGGUUGCCCCCAUGCCACCGACCGCCCCCUUGCCCCCGCCGCCCCCCGCCCUGGCUCCCAGGGGGGACGCCCCAGGGUGGCGGGUGCCAACCGUGUCCGGCUCCCUCACUCCCAAGUUUAUAAACAAGCAGCUGAAGAAGAGAGGUCAUGGCAGCGCCCACAAUGCCCUCGUGUCAGAGCUCAAAAUGAAGUUUGAGGAGAGGAACGCAGCUAUCGGUGAGCCCCACAUCUAGGUGCUCUUGGCAGCCCCCAGAGACUGCGGAUCAUGGCUGCGCAUGGAUAUAUUUAUGUGCCGUGGUCUUCCCCGUGUCUGUCAGCACCCUGUGAACUGACAGCAGCUUCUUGCUGUGAUAGCCACCCCUCACCUUCUGCAAGUACUACACGCUACGGAGUCACCCCACCCAUAGCAAACUCUGCGGCCUGUGUCCAGUUGCGACUGCAGUCCCUUCGGCUCGUGUCCCAGUGCUGCUCCCUCCCUGCAGCUGUCUGACCGGGCUGCUGAGUACCCUCACACCAGCCACCAUCUCCCAGGCGAACGGGGAUUCAGGUUGCCCUGGUUUUGGAGGUCCCUACCCAGAGUCCUGGUUUUCAACCAAGACGCUCUGCAGCCAAGGCACUGGACGAUGCCACUUCUGACCUGGUCUGGCAGGUGGAUUUGAGGUGUCCAAAAACACGUCACUUCAAAUCCCAGACCCGCUUUUGAAGAUGUUGGCCUGGCUGCGGCGCCAGCACCGAUGUGCAGGUCUCCUACAUCAGUGACACUGCGCGCUGCAGGAGGGUAGCUCGUAGCUGGUACUUGCUGUCCUCAGGGCGCGACAUGCUUUGCAACAGCUGGCGGAGCGAUGUGCUCAUGGCCCGAGUACCUUCGUUUCCAAAAGGUAAGCGGGCAGGCUUGGAGAAGUUCUUCAUUUUCCUGCAGCUUAUGCCGGGUUUUGCCAGAGUACGUUGACAUGAUGCUGCGCUUUGCUUCUGCCCUGGGCUUGCUUGCUCAUCAGGGGACGGGAGGGCCACCUCAGCCUUCCCUAGACCAGCUGGGGAAAGAUUUGAGCGCAGUUCAAUAGCAGCGCUCACUCCUUCUGACACCGCGUCCCCUCACGAGGGAGAGGCCAGCAGGAGAAGGACAUGAUUAAAGCAGCAGGGAAGACAAGGUAAAACUGAGAGAAAAAUGAUAAGUGAAAAAUACAGACAAGUGCUGGAAAGUCGCAUAUGCCCAUCAGGGAAGUGUCUGGAAAGAUCAUUUGGUUUUGUGCACUGCUAGCAGGAGGUGUCGGGGAAUGUAUUUCAUCACCUCUCCUGGCUUACUCCAGGGACUGGUGAGUGCAAAAGGAGGUUUCCAUAAAAUAUUCUUGUUUGUCCUAUCAGUAUUUUUGAGUGAAUUAUGCAACAGUUAAGGGGGCGGGGGGGGGGGGGGGGGGGCAGCAUCUGACACCUUUUUUUCCUGUUACGUGACAGUAAAAAGGCACCAAAGGCAGAGUACUUUUUUCACUGGAUCUACCCCACAGUUUCUCCCUCAUGUUUGUUUCUGAGGAGAUGUUUUUCAGCUGGGCCUGGCUGUUUCCCAUCCCUUGGGGAGAAGGCAGCGUGCGCCAGGCUGGCUGGAGAGCAGCACCCUGCACCCUCUGCCUGAGGCCUGGCCCCGCAGGGCAGCUGUGCUCCCAUGGAUCAGCACCGUGAACAUCAAGAUGGGGAGCAAACCCUACAGGACAGGACACUGUGUUAAUUCAUGAGACUCUUGUCCAGCUGUCAUUUCAGCUGGAUCAGCAGACCUGGCCCUCAGGGGCUCCUCUUCUCUCACCCCAUUAGCGGGUCUAAUUCCCUUUGUUUGCACCAGGACUUCAUCAGCGUAGGGGAUAGCUGGUUGAAUAAGAAGUUACCCACUUACAGGGAAAAAUCCUGUAAUUUUGAACUUCAGCUCAAGCCACCUAGAAGCCAGAGGGUGACCAUGGCUCAUAUCACCCGUGGGCUGAGCCAGGGGCUGUAGCCGAAAGGUGCGGCAGGGUCCCAGCUGGGGACCGUGGCAGCAGCACUGCUCCCAGAGCCUCUCCGCUUCUCUCCUUUCCUCCACUGUUUUCUUGCUUAUUCCUCCUCCUGGGGCCGCGUGGCGUGAGGCCCAGGCUCUUGCGUUGUGUGCGGUCACCUCAUCCUUGUCGUUCGGCUGUGAGCCGGUGGGAGGGAGGGGACGUGCAGCCCCCGGCCUCAAUCCUGCUGCCCUGCACAAGCACGCAUCUUCUGCUGGUUGCGUCUCCACCAAGUUCUGCAGCGUUUCCCGAGGUACCAAGAGUUUGUGAUUUAUUUCCUGUACUACUGUUUUCCCGCUGUUGUGUUGAAGCCAGUAUUCAAUGUUUAUUCUCCAAUGAGGAAAGCCUUUAAAGACCAUUCAAUUAAGUGAGAUUUAACAGGAGUUAUAGGCUUAUAGUCUUAGAGAUGAUAUUUAAGAGGGAAUAAAGAUGUUUUAUUACUAUGCUGUGAGACUUUUUUCCAGUUACUCUGUAUUUCAACUUCAGGGGUGUUUUUUUAAUAAAUAAAAAAAAAUCUGUAAAAGGUGCUUCUGUGCAUGAUGUUGUUCUGCUGGCAACGAUGCCUUGUCAUUGCUUGUUAUGUGACCGCACGGGCACAGGCAGCCGGACGGCUUCCUAAGAUGACCAAAUGGCUCCUUUUUCAGACCGCGAGUCAGGAGAGGGACCGUGUUGGUUUGGGGCAACACCAGCCUGGAAGGAGAGGAGGCAAGAAGCAGGAUGCCGUGGAGCACGGCGGACGGGCAGGGUCACAGACGAGCCCCUGGCCGAGUGCCCGUUGUGCUCUGCAGCCCGCUGCAGCAUGGCCCCGGGGGCAGGAAGGCUCCUUGUGGGACAGCAGGUUUAGUUUGAUGCCAGUGCUCACUGUGUACGCGAUUUAUUAUGAACUUCCUACACGUGGUGAUGGGACGUGUUGUCUGUCCCUGGCUGUUUCCUUGCUAUGAUUCAGCAUCUCUCUCUCUCCAGUUUCUACAGUUUGCCGUUGUUCCUCCGUGUUGACCGGGGUGAGAGGCGGCCAGUCGCUACAGGCAAUGGUUCGUUUGUCACUCCCCCUCGUACAUGGCCCCGUGCUGGCCCUCAACCAGCAUCAGCUCAUGCCUGACCCCGUAUGCACCGUCUCCCCAGGGGUUUCUCCAGGACAAGGUUGUCUCCCCACUUGGCUGGCUGCUUCUGCCCCUUCCUCACCACUCCAGACCCCCAUCACACAUGCUGCAACCGCCCGGCCUCCCCUGUCCCUGCAGCCGAACCCCGGAGCUCCUUGGCAUUCAGGUUUCUUUGCAAUUCGUAACUGUAAAAGAAUAGAAAUGAAGCAGAGGACGUCUGGUAUUCUGAAAAUCCAUCGUGUUUAUUACUUUGACACUAAACGACUGACAAGACUAGGAAGUCCCUUGAAGUCUAACACUGAGAGUCAGCGUUGACCAAACAGGUCUCUGUUCAAAAGCUGUGCAGUAAGUUACAGCAGAAGGAGGUGCUGGGGGAGGAAAUGUGGGGCUCGAGGAGAGGCAGCGUGGAAAACACACCACAAAAACCAAAAUACAACUAGAAAGCCAAACUACCACAUAGUGAAGCUCACAUUAAACUUUAUCUCUGCUUACAGCUGAGGUUUCUACUCUAGUUUUUUACUUUUUGAGGCGGUCUAUAACAACACAUAUGACAAGGGCUGCGGGUCUAUUGGCCACGUGCUUUGGUUGUGCUGGAAAGCACGAGGCCAAAAAAGAAAAAAAUAAGUCACAUGUCCUCAGACCCCCGAGAAACGCAGCGUGAGCUGCUCCACAAGCAGGGAACGGUUCCUUUUACAUGCAUAUUUGGGGUACGUUGCCUCUAGAAAGGAGGCAAGCUUUGGUUUCAAAGCAGCAGGAUGGGCAGGCGGCCCAUCUGCAUUUGGGGAAGGUGCCCGGUUCACACCUUCGGCUCCCAAACCCUGGCUCCACCACCCUCUCUGCCACCGGCCACUUGUCCCGCCAGCCGGGCUCAGGGUGAGCGUCCCUGUCACCCACCGCAUCAGCCCGCAGCCACAGUGCCGUCCUGGGGAAAAGGAGACAAGUGGUGGGGAAGGUGGAAGAGGAAACAGCAGUUGAGUGUUUGCCUGCAAAACACAAACUGUUCAUUUUUUUCACCAGCUCUUGUUCUUAACUUUAAAAAGAAUAUAUUAACACACCACUUGUGUAGCAAGAGGCUAGGUAUGUAUGUGUCUGUGUGUGCGUGCGUGCUAAAAUGGACCUCUAAGAUAUGUUUGGACACAAGUAAAAGGCCCUCCCCUUCUCCCUAGU